CAUCGAUUUCUUACCAGCACCAUCAGCAACGUCACGCUCGUCUCCUUGAUAUUCGAGAUAAUUAAAAAAAAAAUUGUGAUCCUCUAUGCGCCAAGUUUCAGCGCGUCCAACAUUCAGUACGAUGUCGAAACGGGUCGCGAUAGUUACAGGUGCAGCGUCAGGUAUUGGCCUCGCGUUCACAAAACACCUCCUGUCUCGCGGCCACCGUGUUGUUAUGGCUGACUUCAAUGCACUGGAGGGCGAAAAGCAGUCUGCCGAACUCGGUGAAGACACCCUAUUCAUACACACAGAUGUCGCAUCAUAUGCGGGUCAGGCCGCCCUGUUCAAGGCAGCUUUCGAAUGGGGAGGCCGGCGACUAGACGUCUUGUGCGCCAAUGCAGGCAUAGCUGACAGCCAGAACAUUUAUGAAGUUGGCAGCCCGGUGAAAGAGGACGGCACGGUAGAACCGUUGAGCCUCCAAACAAUCGAAGUAGACUUGAAUGCCCCGAUUCAAGGGGUGUGGCUAUUCAAGCACUAUGCGCGCCAGAACGCGGUACCAGGAGGAAAGGUGAUAAUCACGUCGUCUGCAGCUGGCUUCUAUCCCAUGAGCACAAAUCCACUAUACACCGCCGCAAAGCACGGAUUAGUCGGCUUCACCCGCUCCUGCGGUGAGGACAGCCCCUUCGCCAAGGAGAGCAUCACCGUCAACUGUAUCUGUCCGGCCUUCGUGCCCACGAACCUCUGCCCGCCACACAUGCUCGCGCUCUUCCCCAAGGAGCACAUCACGCCCAUGACCACCGUAACCAAGGCCCUGGACACCUUCCUGGACACGGCCUCUAUGACCGGGCAGUGCGUGGAGUUGAGCCUAGAUCAGUUGUACUUCAGGAAAAUGAUCGAUUACCCGAAUGCGAGUCAGAGAUGGCUGGGGCAGGAAUCGAAAAAGUUCUGGGAAGACGCAUAUAGUUAAAAUUCUAUGAAUUGACUUAUUAAC